AUGUCCGUCUCUGUAGAUGACCUCGUCUCCUGUCUUUCUUCGAAUCACAUAGGCCAAGAAGCCAACGACAUUGCCGUUCUCCAGGCGCAGCUAGCUCAGACACUGUUCCGUGAUUCCUCUGCACUUGACAUACAGCAUGAACCCCAGACUCCAUGCUCACCUCGAGGGCGUAAACUAAAAGUACGAGCGUGUACCACCCCUACCGCACGUACACCUUCGGUCUCCUCGAAUCAAGGAUGGGGCAUGGCUAUAGACACGAGCCGUAGCCGCAGAAACUCAGUUUCAUCUUCAUCUUUAGAAAACCUGGAGGAAGACGAGAAAAUGGUGGAGGAUCUACUCAUACCUGCUACGUCUCUUUCGGACUCCCUUUCUGACUCGCACAUGGGAAGCGUAUUUCUUACAUACCAGGAUUCUCAAUCAUCGCAAGCAAAUACGAAUGUGGAGGUUUUUCUUCCCGGAUACACGUCUCAUAACAAUUUCUCGGAUCCUUUUCCAUCUUCACCGACCACUUCUCUAUUCACAGCGACGGAUCCUUUCUAUCUUGCUCAAUUGGAAUCGCUGAACAGCCCUGCCGCUCACCCUCGGUCUGUAUUUGCCCAAAGCGCGUGUCUAAACGCAAACUCUCCGUUUGCCCUUUCUCUUCAAUCCGAUCAACCCUGCUUGUCCACCCAGAGCUCAGGGUUGGCGGGGAACCACCCAUCAAUGACAUUUGGCGCUUUCUGA